UCUGCUAAAAAGAGCUGGUGGAAGACACAGGCAGGGCAAAGAGGCCACACACAUCAUGUCAAGUUUGUUCAGAUAACUCCGAUUUCUUUGACUUGAUCAAAGAGGAGGAAGCUCGCUGGACUCUUGCCAUCACACCACUGCACCAACGGCUUCGCCCUCCCGUCUCAUGUCUCUACAGAGGAUGUGCAGCCCCUGGAACACGCUGGGUUGGGAGCGGCAGUUUUUCUGCUGUCACAUCAAGGAUUCACUUACCAUUUUGAGGCUUCAAUCUCCAAACCGAAAGAUGAGCUGGAAAAAGAGUUUUCUCAUCUUCCUUUUCUCUCUUUUGGUCCCAAAAGGGGCAGCGGCCUGUAAGACAAUGAAAAAAACAGAAGAAUUUUCUUCUCCGUAUUUGAACUCAGAAACAAAAGCAGUCACGAGGGGUCAAAACGUCUCUCUGGUUUGUUCCAUCCAGAACAGUUCACUGCAAAUCACGUAUCGUUUGUUUCGGAACCUGUGUUGUCUGGAUACCCAGAACAAAACAGGUGACCCCAUGGUGGUUAACCUAACCAUUGCGGAAGUCCAUGAUUUGGGUCCCUACAAAUGCAAAGCUACGGUUUCCAACUGUUCGAAAUACAGUAGUGAGUUCAACUUCACCUUUGUCAAUGAAGAGCGCUGUCCUUUCUGCCUACUGCUGCUUCUUCCAGGGUUAUUAUUGGUGCUAAUAGUAAUAAUCCUAAUUCUGGCAUUUUGGAUCCUACCAAAGGACAAAGCACGAAAAACUAUGCGAGAACAGGCACCCCGGGACUGUGGAAAGACACCCGCGGAAGCUGGGAUAUAUGCAAAUAUCUGUCCAAGCCAAGCAGAGACUAGACACUCCCAGGAGAUCCAUUACUCCUCGCCCGUGUUCCAGGAGGCGGCACCCAGAGAGCGCGAAGCCUCUAAUGAUUGUAAAACGGCCUGUGUCUAUUCUGAACUCACCAUAUAAAAUUUCAAGAUACAAACUGCAACUCAGGGUAAGAUGCUUUUGUCAAGCCGGCUGACGCGGAGAAAAAGCAAACUUGACUGACACUUAAAACAUGUCUUACCUGUUUACUUAAGGUGAAUCAGGGUCCGUCAGGUCCCAGCACGCUUCCUGGCCACUCAGGUAUAUUCAAUCCCGUCAUCGCACGAGAGGUUUGUGAGGUGGGAUGCUGCCAGGUAACAGCGUUAUAAAACUAUUGCUACCUUCAGGCCUGGGCCAUCCUCCCUGCAGUCGCGUUUACAAAGAAUGAUUGGGCCUCCUGGUGGUGCAAGGGGUUAAGCACCGCACUGUGAAGCAAUCCGCAGCCUCUGCAGCACAAGUUCGAUCCCCUCCCAGCCAGGGAGCAACCCACAUGGUGCAGCAGACCUCUCCUGUCUCACCCACUGCUCCCCUCAGCAGUGUGUUUCAGUAAUCUGCCUGUUCUGUUCCCCACUCUGUCUCUGGUGGAUCCUCUCACUCCCCUACCCCUGCAUCUCUGGCCUAUACCCCAGCUCUUG